CGCUGGAGCCUGAGGCGAUUUUGUUUUUUUCUUUUUCUUUCUUUCUUUUUUUUUCCGUCGUCCGGCGCGGCGGCGGCGGGACUUCGCCUCAUGGCGGCCGGCUGAGGAGGAGGAGUAGGAGCGGCGUAGGCCCGGCCUUUCCCACCCCCCCCACCCCCUUUGGCGGCAUGGCCGGCGAGGAGCCGCAGAAGUUCCUGGCGCCCGACGAGCCCGGCGCCGUCCUCUCGCCGCUGCAGCUGCCGCCGCCGCCGCCGCUGCGCCACCCGCCUCGGCUGGGCGACGAAGGCCCGGCCUGCCUGGACGUCAGCGACUUCGGCUGCCACCUCUCGUCCUGCCACCGCACCGACCCGCUGCGCCGCCUGCACGCCCACAGAUGGAACUUAACUUCUUGUGGCACAAGCGUAGCCAGCUCCGAAUGCAGCGAGGAGCUCUUCUCUUCGGUCUCUGUGGGCGACCAGGAUGAUUGUUUCUCUCUCUUGGAUGACCAGGAAUUAACCUCUUUUGACCUGUUCCCCGAGGGGAGUGUCUGUAGCGAUGUCUCUUCCUCCAUUAGCACAUACUGGGACUGGUCAGACAGUGAAUUUGAAUGGCAGCUGCCCGGCAGUGACAUUGCAAGCGGGAGUGAUGUGCUGUCCGAUAUCAUUCCCAGCAUCCCGAGCUCUCCUUGCCUGCUUCCCAAAAAGAAAAACAAACACCGGAAUCUUGAUGAACUUCCCUGGAGCGCAAUGACCAACGAUGAGCAGGUGGAAUAUAUUGAAUAUCUGAGCCGGAAAGUCAGUAUGGAAAUGGGCCUUCGAGAGCAGCUUGAUAUAAUCAAAAUUAUUGAUCCGACAGCUCAGAUUUCACCCACGGACAAUGAAUUCAUUAUCGAACUGAACUGCCUCACAGAUGAAAAGCUGAAACAGGUCAGAAAUUACAUCAAGGAGCACGGCCCCCGGCAGCGGUCUGCCAGGGAGACCUGGAAGCGGAGCAGCUACAGCGGGGGCAGUGCCAGCGGUGUGAGCGGCGUCAGCGCCAGCAGCAGCAGCGCCAGCAUGGUCAGCUCGGCCAGCAGCAGCAGUUCGAGCAUCGGCAACUCGGGUUCGAAUUCCAGCGCCAACCUGAGUCGGGCUCAUAGUGAGAAUAAUUUAUCGACGAGCGCUGCGGAACGCAUCCGGGAUUCAAAAAAACGCUCCAAGCAGCGCAAACUCCAGCAAAAGGCUCUGCGCAAGAGGCAGCUGAAAGAGCAGCGGCAGGCACGGAAGGAGAGGCUGAGCGGCUUGUUCCUCAACGAAGAGGUCUUGUCGUUGAAAGUGACUGAAGAGGACCACGAAGGAGACGUGGACGUCUUGAUGUGAGACGGGGAAUGUCGCGAUCAGUGUUCUUUCUAAGCCUUAAGCUUCACUCUCUUGUUUACAUAACACUUGUACCAAAACGAGGAUUGAAUCAGGAUUAGCUAUGCUCCUCUUCCUCUUCCUUUCUUCCUUCUCCUCCUCUUCCUCCUCCUCCUUCCCUCCCCCCACUUAACCUGUGAUUGCUUAGUUUGGGUUGUUUGGCUCUUCUUUUUUUGCAAAAUUGUAGGAAACCAGGAAGAUGUUCUUUAAAAAAAAAAAUACAUAGGCCGGAGUAUUUUGCUGGUUUAAAAAGAAAAAAGCUGCAUUUCUGUCUUUAAUUCCAUUAAAAUUAUGGAAAGAAAGCCCUUGGGUUUAAAUUGGAAAGUAUUUUCUUUUGUCUUCCCAUGAUGUGAGUCUUAACGGUUAAAGGAAUACAGUCUGUGAAAGCAGGAAUGCGCUUUUGCCGGGACUUUUUUUCCCUUCUUUGCCACUGCAGUUUUAUCAAAGCCUAAAACUUUAUAUCUUACGUUUCCUGGAAUUGCCACUGUAAUUUCAUUUAAUGUGGGGUUUUGGAGCUGUGUGACUUAACACUGUGUGACAGGGCCGUUCUGGUGAUAUACAGUAGUUGGUGGUUUUAAACCUGUGUUUUUCUCCCUGUUUUCCACUGCAAAGCAAGCCAGUAUAUUUUGGAUUAAUCGCAAAAAUCCUUUACAUGUAGAGCUUGGUAAAGCAGGCAUCUUAUAGGUGAUCUGCAGUGGGCAACCAAUAAGAAACGCUUAUUGACAAAUGCAUAUUCCUUUUUUUUUCCCCCAGUGCACGUAUUUCUUCCUCUGUUCCAAAUCCCCAUAGUGUCUUGUGCCUUAAAAUUAAUUUGAUUUCUUUUUUUCUUGUUGCUUAAUGUGGAAGUUUGGGGACAAAAAUGGCAAGAAGAAAGAAGAUCAAAGCACCCCAAAGUUCUUCAAAGCAUAAUUUAGCUCAUCCUGCUUUUUUUUUGUCUUGAAGAACCCCAAAGCGAGCCACCGUUGUACAUAAAAGAGAAUUUUUUAUAUUGGAAAAAAACCACGUUACCAAUUCAGCUGAAGGGCUGCCUUGCCCUUUAAUUAACAUUGAUAAGCUAAUAUUGAAGAAGUGCCACGAGAUGAAGAAACUGCUUAGGCAAAUGUAUUUGAAAGAAUAUUGCAAUAUUCUGUGAUGUUGCCUCAAAGUAAUUUAAGCUUCCAUUAUUUGUGCAGAAGGACUGAGAUGCGUUUCUCUGUUCCAAAUCCCCACAGGGAGAUUAAUACUUUGAUUUUAGAUGCACACGCUUCCAGAUUCAAGCUGUGUAUCGGCUUGCUUUCGGAUGGAAACACCUUUCUCUGUUUUAAACUCACCAUUUUGUUCUUUCAUCUGAUAUAAAAUCUAGGCGUGAUUCGACAAAACUGUAGUUUGCCUGUAUUUUACUCAUUCCAGCAUUUUCAGAUAA